UGCGCGCAUGAGGUAAGAGCAAGAGGGCUUGUAGCGCUGUAGGAACCCAGCCGAAGGGGAAGGACGGGGCUCUCCUGCCAGCGUUUAGCUGCUUGAGGGGAAAACUAAAGGCAGCGAAGAAGACGCCUGCUCGGAACCAGCGCCUGCUGCUUCCCACCCCGCCGUUCCCCCUUCCGACUCGGCGCGGGAUCCUUCCCUGCCCGGACCCCGGCGCCUCAGGAGGGAACAAGACCAUUGGCGGAGCGUGAGCUCCCUUAUUCAUUUCAAAUUGGAGAUGGCAGAAAUCACCUCGCAAGCAAACAUCAAGGAAAAGAUCAAUGCUGUGCGGUCAAUUGUUCCCAACAAAAGCAACAAUGAAAUAGUACUGGUGCUACAGCAGUUUGAUAACAACGUAGACAAGGCUGUACAAGCUUUCAUGGAUGGCAGUGCCCUUCAAGUUCUCAAAGAAUGGAAUAUGACAGGGAAAAAGAAGAAUAGCAAAAGGAAAAGAAGCAAAUCCAAACAGCACCACCGUAGCAAAGAUAUGAAAGAUAAAGAUGAUGGAGCAGAAAAGGUGUCUCUGGAAUCCCAAGAGCUAUAUGGCUGUCAUCUGAAUGGCUGCGAUAAGGAUACUUCCCUCAGCAAACCUGCCAGUGAGAAAUCAAAAGUAAUUCCUCAAGAAGAAAAGGGCUUGGAAUACAAGGACAGGGGAGAGGCAAAACCAGAUAUUGCAGACAAAAAGACAGAGCAGAAGAAGGUAUCUAUAGUAUCUAUAGAUGCAGACCGAAAAUAUGUAAAUAGCACAGAAUUGCCUGAUACUUUUCAAUCCUCCCCGCAACCCCAUGGCAAUGUUGGUCGAUCGAAGUCAAAAGCUCCCACAGUGAAGUCACCUGUCAUUGCAUCCCAUCUUGAGAUAAAACCAGGGGAUUCAAUCAAGAAAAGAGGUCCAAAUAUUGAAAAAUCUGUAAAAGAUCUUCAGCGCUGCACUGUUUCGCUGACAAGAUACCGCAUGAUGAUUAAAGAGGAGGUGGAUAAUUCAGUGAAGAAGAUCAAAGCUGCUUUUGCUGAGUUACACAGCUGUAUCAUAGACAAAGAAGUGGGUUUAAUGGCAGAGCUUGACAAAGUUAAAGAAGAAGCCAUGGAAAUCUUGACUGCUCGUCAGAAAAAGGCUGAAGAACUGAAGAGGCUAACGGAUUUGGCAAGUCAGAUGGCAGAGACACAGCUGGCUGAUCUGCGGGCUGAAAUUAAGCAUUUUGUAAGCGAACGGAAAUAUGAUGAAGAACUGGGUAGAUCUGCCCGCUUUUCCUGUGACAUUGAACAGUUGAAGACUCAGAUACUACAGUGUGGAGAGAUUUCUCAUCCAAAGAACAAUUACUCCUCAAGAACACCAUCCAGCACACUGCUUCAAUCAACAACUUUGCACGCAGCAACCAGCAUACAAAGCGCAUAUAUCCGAAAAACUUCUAAUCGGAUUCGUGCCAAGACUCCUGACGAUAAAGCAGCAGCUAAAAGCUCAAGCCAAGUUGUUGCCAACACCGCAGAACCCUCUCUUCAGAUAAUUUCAACAAGCAAACAGAGUGGUUCUUCUAGUCAAAGACGAAGGUUUCACAUGCAAUAUCACGGCAUUCGAAUCAAUGGAUCUCUCAAGUCACAAAGUGCAAGUUCCGACUCAGAUCAGAACAACUUGAAGGUUAAUUUCCGAAACGAAUACAGAAGACCGCACCACAGCAGCUUUAGGCCCAAAAAUAAAGGCACUAUUAAAACCCAGGAGCAGUCUACGCUUGCAAAAAGCACGGAAAAUCUAACCUACCCGGAAAAAACGCGGCGAAAGCAUCCGAUGCCAGGCCCCGCCGAGCCCAGACCAUUAUGCAGCAAUAUUACAAGGGUCUCUCCGUGCAAUUUAUGCCCUCCAAGAAGAGAGGCCCCCACAGAUCCUCCUGUCCUUUCGGUGCCAGCUAUGACUUUGGUGGCAUGAGGAGCGGGAGAGACAGACUGACAAAUGUCACGCAUUUUCAUCUUGCAUUUUUCACUAAAGGUGCUUCUCCCCACCCCCUCCCCAAAUACGGGCAAAAGUUGCUUGUGAAAAAUAUUUCCAUCAUGGUACUGAUGUUUUUUCCUUAACCACAAUAAUCUUAGCCAAUAUCUCGCUUUGUACUUUGAAGACUUUGCUCAGUAUAUUCAAGAUUGUUUUUCUCAUAAUAAUGCUGCUUAUAGCUAGCCAGUACUUAGUAAAACAAUCAAAUUGGUGUUGCAAAAUAAACUUUAGGAGGAUGUCAAUAUAGAUGCCAUGUCUUUGUUACUGUCUAAUUUGUUGUUUGUCAGGACUAAGGGGAAAAUACUGGCAUCCCUAUUGUUGAUCUGCAGUCAAGAUGGUUGUGCUCAUAUCAAAUUGUUUUGACUCUUUCCAUAUUAGGUGGAAUCCAAGUUGUUUUAGUUGUCUUAGUUCUGUUUAAUGUCACCUAAUUUCAUCGCCUGAGUGAUCUUCAAGAUCAGACAUAAACAAACAUUUGUCAUAAACAAACUAGCUAACAAACUAGAUAUUGAUAUUUUUUCUGUGCUGUGUCAUUUGUAUAAGUUUGGGUAAGAUGCUUGUUUCUUCAAUUUGAAAUUUAUAUAAGUAACACAGUCCGGUUUUCCA